GCUGAGGGGAAUUUGGGAGUUACUGCCUUGGGGUGUCUGGGAUGUACUGCUAGAACUUAGAACUUCCACCCUUCCAGUGCUACCAAGCAGGUGAAGGACAAUGUCUGCACAAGGCUCUGCAGCAGCCUUGGGGCUCAGUUCCCAGCCCAGCUGCAGCACCCCGGUGCCUGCACCAAGGAAUUCCCUCCUGGCACAGCCUGUCCCUCCUCCACGGAGCUGCUCCCUUGCCCUGCUCGGCCAGGAGGACAUCGUGGAGAGCUACAGCGGGAGCUCCUGCGAGCUGGGGGUGGCUCUGCUGGACUGCAGCUGCUCGGCCCCAGACCCGCAGCUGGUGCGCAGGAUCGUGGCCCAGGUGGAGUUCUACCUGUCCGACGAGAACCUGGCCAAGGACACCUUCCUCCUCAAGCACGUGCAGAAGAACAAGAUGGGCUUUGUCAGCAUCAAGCUGCUGACAUCCUUCAAGAAGGUGAAAUACCUGACCCGGGACUGGCGCCUCACCCUGUAUGCCCUCAAGUUCUCGGCGCUGCUGGAGGUGAACAAGGAGGGCACCAAAGUCAGGCGGCGGCUCCCCAUCCCCGAGCACCUGCUGAGCGUCCCCCCCAGCAAGCUGCUGGCCUGGGAGCUGCAGCCGCGGCAGCAGGAGCUGCUGCUGCAGGAGACCUUCCUGGAGACCAUCGCGAGGAUGUUCAGCCCCUUCGGAGCCAUCGCCUCCAUCCGCCUGCUGCGGCCGGGCCGCAAGCUGCCCUCGGACGUGCGCAGGUACUCGGGGCGCUUUCCCGAGCUGCUGAGCCGCUGCUGUGCCCUGGUGGAGUACGAGAGCCUGGAGAGCGCCCACAGAGCCUUCGAGAGCCUCGGGCACCGCGACUGGCACGGCGUCAGGGUGGUGCGGCUGUGCGGGAAGGGGGGGAAGAAGAAAGGCGAGGAGGAGCGGGCGGGCUGGAAGGAGCCGGAGGCGGCUCCGAGCUUCCCCCGCAGCCUCGGGGCUUCCCUGGCCAGCAGCUCCCCGGAGUCGGAUGAUGAUGCCUCGGGGUCGCUGUCCCUCCUCCUGAAGCAGGACCUGCUGGCACCGGCCUGGCCUGGCGGCGAUUUCACUCCUGGGAAUUCCAGCGCCUUCCCCGGCUCGCUGCUCCCCGGCGGGGGCUGGGACCCGCUCGGGCUGGGCUGGGGCGCCGAGAGCCGCUGGGGCAGCGCCGAGGGCUCCUGGACACCCUGGGCCAGCGGGCUCUGUCCUGCGGCCAGCGCCCCUCCCAGCUGAGCCCUGGGGCUCGGAGCCCCUCGGCCUGGGAUGGGGUCCUGGCUCUGCCCCACGGCCCCGGGGGCUCCGGCAGCAGCUUCGGGAGAGGAGAACUCGUCCUCCGGCGCUGAGACUCCUUCAGAUUCAGGGUUAGGGUUUGUUAUUUCCUUUCUUUUCCCUUCUUCUCUCGAGCAGAGGAGUUUUCUGUGGCCCUGCGAGCUGCGGGCGGUGGCAGUGCAGCUGAUCCAGGGGACAGAAGUUUUGGGGCAAGGAUGAUGCUCGAGGCAGACGCUGAGCAGCAGCAGGAGCUGUGCCGUGCUGUGCUCGUGCCGCUGGGACUGUGCUUGCUCAGGGCCCAGAGCUGGGUUUGGGGUCCAGGUGUUGGAUGAGAAAUGGGCAAUAAAGAGAGAUUAAGUUUCCAGGCAUUCUCUGGUUGAUGCUGUGAUUUUUUUCCCCCCUUUUUUAGUGUUUUUUUAAAGGGAAGGAGGGUCCCUGCUUGCAGCUGCCUCCCUUGCUGUCCUUGGGGUGCUGGGGACACUGAGGGGUGCCCAGGGCAGGUGGCCCAGGUUGGCUGAGCCUGAGAGAGACAGGAGUGAUGGCUGUGGUGGCAGGACCGUGGUUCCUCCUGGCUGUUGGCUGCUCAAGGCUCUCUGGCGUCUCUCAGGAUGGAAUGUGGGGGGCUCCUGUGCCCCUCCUGCUCCCACAGCCCCCCCAGCUCCUCUGGGAAAGGGUUAAGGGAGGCUACAGGUGGCUCUCAGGGGUCUGCCAGUGCAAGAGCCCUUGGUGUGGAGCCAGAGCUGGGAUGUGGUGGGAUGAGUCCUGUGCCUGCAGGGCUGGACUGGAGGAUUCAGCUGGGCAGGGCUGGUGAGGGGAUGGGGUCACACCUUGUGUGAGGAGAGGUUUGAGGGCAGUCCCUGCAGCUGGGAGCCUCUGGCUGAGGAUGAGGGGGAUGGAAAACAAAGCAGGUGUGAGUUCUGGUACCCAUCACCCAGCCAGGACCCCAGCACUGAGGACUUGUUCUACAGGUAGUGAGAAUUCUCUGGAUCAAGAAUUCCUUGUCCUUGUGGAGAUUUUGUUUCCCAGAGCCCAGCUGGGAAUGGCCUCUUGCUGGGACAAGCAGGUCUGGGAAACUCCUGAAGUCUGCUGGAGAGAACUUCUUGUCCCAAGUGCUCAGGGAGCCACCAGGAAAGCUCCAUCCUAAACCUGCUGGCUGGGAAUGAAGAAGGAUUGGUGGGAACUGGGAUGGUCUUGGCCCCAGUGCCAAGAGAAAGAUGAGGAGGAGAAAGAUGGACACCAGAGCCGCUUCCCAAGACUUGAGGAGAGGAGAUGUUCUGCUCCUCGGGGAGCUGCUCAGCAGAGUUCCCUGAGAAUCUUUGAGGGGUUU